AUGGAAUCCCUCUCCGAGACGCGGUGGGAUGUAAUCAUCAGCGGCACCGGCCUUCAACAGUCCCUUCUGGCCCUAGCGCUCUCACGGUCGGGCAAGAAUGUCCUCCACGUCGACUCAAACAGCUACUAUGGCGGCGCCGAGGCUGCCCUCAGCUUGCAGGAGGCGGAUGAGUGGGCUGAGAAGCACCAGUCAACCGAUGCCGAUCGUCCCUUUGCCGCAGCGCAGGUGAAUAGGGGAACCGAGGGGCUGUCCUUCUCGCGGGCCUACAGCUUAGCCCUGGCGCCACAGCUGAUCCAUACGCGGUCCGAACUCCUGUCGCAGCUGGUCUCGACAAAGGCGUUCCGCCAGGUUGAGUUCCUCGCUGUCGGAUCCUUUUACAUCUUCCAACCGGUUUCCGACUCGACCCCAACAUCCACCCUCAGCCGUGUGCCCUCAACGCGAGAAGAUGUUUUCGCUACGGCCGCCAUCUCGUCUCAGUCUAAACGCUCCUUGAUGAAGUUUCUCAAGUUUGUCCUCGCCUAUGACUCGGAGCCACAAACCGAGCUGUGGGGGCCCAAGGCGGACGACAAGCUGGCCGACUUCCUGGAAUCGGAAUUCAAGCUCGACCGCGAGCUGCGGUCCUAUGUCAUCGCCUUAACUCUCAGCCUAGACGGCAAGAUCUCGGUCGGGGCUGGUCUCGCCGCCAUACAUCGUCAUCUGACUUCCAUGGGCUUGUUCGGUCCCGGCUUUGCGGCCGUCUACCCUAAAUGGGGCGGCUUGUCCGAGGUCGCCCAAGUGGGCUGUCGCGCUGCCGCCGUGGGUGGCGCCGUCUACAUGCUCGGGACUGGACUUUCGGAUGUACAGAGGGUCCCUUCCACACGCGAUGGUGAAGAAUCCGAGCUCGAAGCCACACUCUCCAACGGCACCGUCAUACGAGCGGAAGCUUUAGUCCAAAGCUCAAGCUUGCCUUCUGACGCCACAACCGCCGUCAGUCGACUGACUGCCGUUGUUGAGUCGGACCUGCCGUCAAUGUUCAAGGCUGUAGUCGACGGUGCUCCUACUCCCUGCGUGGCUGUGGCUGCAUUUCCUCCCGGAUCGAUCCCGGGUGUAGAGGCCUCCGAGUUUCCAGCAUACGCCUUGGUGCAUUCUGAUGAGACUGGCGAAUGCCCCAGCGGACAAUGCACCAUUUACUUCAGCACAAUCUCCACGCCAGGAUCGAAAGAUUUGCUAGAGGCGGCGCUCUCGUCGCUGCUGGCUGCUGCGUCUGCGGAUGGAGAGCAACCCAAGUGCAUGUAUCAACUGUACUUCGAGCAAAGGGGGGGUACAGGCUCCUUUUCCGCCGACGAGAGAAUUGGGACCUUUGCCUCUCUACCGCUCGACCUUGCGUUUCCCGACUCUGCCCUGUCAUCAGUCAAAGAAGCCUGGAAUAUGGUAAAUGCUGGUGACGCGGGAGACGGCAUUGAAGAGAGCUACAUGAAGUUUGAAGAUCGGGAGGGUGCCGCGGAUGAAGAUGAUGCUUUCAAUGUAUAUGACUGA